AUGCAAUCAGCACAAUGCUCCUCAAAUCCCACGCGGCGAGAAAUGAGUCUUCAAAAUGACUCAAUAAUGUCAUCUUCAACCGCCCAAACAAGAAAACCGUUAGCCCAAAGAAUUCCACAGUCACAACCACUACACACGCUCUCGCCUCUUUAUGAAAAUGAUUUCCCGCAUAGCUCAAGUGAUUUCCCUCCGAUACUUUAUGCAAAAAAUCCGAUAAAUAAAUUGAGACAGAGAGCGAAAUUCCCAACUCCAGCAACUUCUUCACCAGAUUCGGAUCCAAUAUUCGCAAACGAUUCGACGCCGAAAGAUCAAAGUGUCAAGCAAUUGAAAGCUGAAAGUGAUAAUAAAAAGGAUAGAUCCGACUCGACUAUCCAGAUUGUUCUCAAGAUGUGGCAAGAGUUGCUGGAGAAGCAGAAGACUAUCAAAAUUUCUAUUUCGCGAAUUGACGAAAAGCUUCGUUUACUCGACGAGCACAACAAAAAGUCAACACAAGAUCUUCGGAAAAAGUUAGAUUCGAUUCAAUCGGAAAUCAAUCCGACAAUGAAACCAGAAGUGCCGUCGAAAAUCAAAGAGAGCGAUGUUUCUGCUGAUAUUACGGAAUCAGUGUAUUCCAUUCAGGAUAAGACUAACAGCGAAACGAUGUCUACAUCUGGCAAAUACUUCGUGUUGAAGCACAAAUUCGAAAAUGUUUCUAGCUUCAAAAAUAAUAAAUUUUAUUUCGGUGAAGAGGAAGAACAUUUUGGUGUUCCUUGGCAAAUAUGUGUGGAACGGAACAAUGGAUUUCUCUCAUUCUAUCUCUGGAACUUACUCUCUAACAAAACUGAGAAAAACUGGGAAAUGGAUCUUGAAUACGAACUGAAAAUAGUGUCACCUGGCUCCAAAGAGAAGAAAAUAAAAUUCUGCCGUAUUUUCAAAGAUGAUGAAAAUGAAUGGGGGCUCUUCGAAUUCAUCGAAUGGGACGAACUGGAAAAGGAUUUCGUUGUGGAUGACUGUUUCUGUGCUGAAAUUGCUGUAAAAAUGAGAAAGAUGACUGGAGUUUACAAAGAGAAUUUGAGAAAUUUCAAUGAAACAAUGGAAGAAUUUUCGGAUGUCGUUCUACUCGUCAACGAAGAGAAGUUUUAUGUUUUGAAAUUGUACCUCGCCUCUCAUUCGCCGUAUUUCAAAACUUUGUUCAUGGGAAAUUUCAAAGAAUCGAAAAAAUUUGAAAUCAAAUUGACUGGAAUCGAUGCUGAUGAUUUCCAGAAGUACCUGGAAGUACUUUAUGGCGAACAAGCGAUUGAUGAUAUCACCAUCGAAGGAAUUCUUAUAGUUUCCGAUAUGUUUGACACUCCUUUGAUUAUCCGGAGAUGUGAAAACUUCCUUCUCAAAGAGUCCAAAAAGAGGUUGAAAAAGAAAUUGGAGAUGUCUAUUCGAUACAAUUUGGAUGCUUUGAAGAAGCAAUGUAUCAGUGAAAUCAAAUCGAUUGAUGAUAUAAAAUCAGUUAUUCCUGGAGAUAUUCACGACAUGGAUUCAUCGAUUAUGGCCGAACUGUUCCAAAAGUUUCUUAAACUUCAUUAA